CGCACAGAUCGCUUGAUGGCGUCCGCUGACGACGAGGGCCUAAACGACUUCAAUUUCCUCUUGAGCAGCAACGCCAGCAAGCGCCUGUUUGACGACCAUCUCUGGUUCUCGGUGGCGAAGAGGCCCACUCCCAGUCGAUUGUCCAGAGUACAGCGCCUUUCAAUAUGCAUCGUGGUCUUAUUUCUGUGUAUGAUCUCCAAUGCCAUGUGGUUUAGAGAGGAAGAUGAUACAACAAGCGGCAUCCAACUAGGCCCUAUUAAGAUCACGUUCAGACAGGUCUGGGUUGGGCUGAUGAGCAGCGUUCUGGUUGUACCCCCCACGUUGAUUAUCAUGGAGGUCUUUAAACGAAGCAAACCCAGAAACUCCUGCACCACCAUCUUCCCCUAUGUAAGAGACAGCGACGAAAAUGAGAGCAAAUCGACGAGCGCAGACGAUGGGAAAUUUCACUCAGCAGUACAAAAACUGAUCACCAAAGAAAUGCAGGACAAGUCAAAAUCGAAGAGAGCGGACAAAGGGUUCGAAAUACUAGUCGAUCUUCAAAUGGAAUUAGAAGAAGAAGAAAAGACAAAAAGCAAGGAGAAAAAAAUCCGGAAAAAGCCGAUUCGAUUUCCGUGGUGGAGUGUGGUGUUCGGCUACGUUCUCGCCUUCUUGGCCGUAGCCACCUCGGCCUUCUUCGUGUUACUAUACAGUUUGGAGUGGGGUCCGGAGAAAUCCACGAAUUGGCUCAUUUCUCUUUUCUUCUCGUUUUCACAGUCCAUCAUCCUGGUUCAGCCGCUUAAGGUCUUGCUGGCUGCGGUACUGAUGGCGUGUCUACUGAGGAUGCCGGGGGAUGAGGAGGAGGAGGAAGACAUGAUGAUAGCGGAGCACAAACUACAAGAUGUUAUCCCUCCAAAACCGCACUCCAUCCCCGUCGCUGACAAAGUGAUCGAUUUAGAAGACAUGCGGGCCAGAAAGAAAGCAAGGAGAAGGGACCAACGCCUUACAGGAAAGCUGAGAGAGAUAUUCAUACACUUAUUAUAUCUGUGCCUGCUUGUGCUGAUUUGCUUUGCCAACAGAGACAGAAACUUCUUCAGGCAGAAUUACAACUUGCGGAACAGUUUGGACCUGACAGAUGACAAUUUUGCCAAAGUACAACGAAUAGAAACCAUCUUUUCCUGGUUGAAUGACACCAUAUUCCCAGCCGUGUUUCCCACUGAAAAUUACAAUGGCGACCUGUACACGGAGGCAGACGAUCUGGCCUUCGUCCGGGACAUGAGGGGGCUGCGACUAGGACCUUUGCGUUUACGACAACAGCGAGUGAAAGAAGAUUCCUGCAACGUCGUAAAUCCUAUGAACAAGUUCCUCAACGGCUGCAACCCUAUGAUUAGUGGUGGAGACAUGGAUAAAGGCGCCUAUGGUCCUGGUUGGGUAACCACGGCUUCAAACAGCACCUCACAACUGGCCCAGGCGUUCAUGUUCUCUCCUCCCAACGGCCCAAACGACCAGACUGUCUACGGCCAGGUUGACCACUACGAGGGGGGCGGUUAUAUGGUCGAGGUCAGCUCAGCAAACGACAGCGUACAUAUUUUAACAAGCCUGAAAGAUCUCAACUGGAUUGACCGUUUGACCAGAGCCGUGAUAGUGGAGUUCACCGUUAACAACGCCAAUGUGAACGUCUUCUCCAUGGUCCGAAUCAUCGUGGAACUACCUGCUGUUGGCGGGAUAUUCAUCAAGAAAGAACUGGUCAGUUUUCGGCCUUACCCAUAUGUUGAUCCAUUCGACUUUGUGUUGCUCCUGGUCCAAGUCAUCUGGGCGGUGCUUGUGUUCGUUCUUCUGGGGAUGGAGGUGGUGAAGAUGGUGAAGUUAAAGAAGAAGUAUUGCCAACAACUGUGGCACUUCAUAGAACUGGGGGAUCUGUGUUUGGCUAUCACCAGCAUGGUGUGUUUCGUCCUCAGAACCGUAUACACCAUCAGGUCGGUCGAAGACGUGAAGAACAAUGGAGGCCAUUUUGUUGGUUUCGAUCUUGUCGCCAACUGGGACAACGCCUACACUGUGAUCAUCGCCAUUGACCUUUUCCUGGCCACCCUUCAGUUAUUCCGACCUUUGACCUUCAACAAGCACCUUGCCAUAGUCCAGUCCGCUCUGAUCCGAGCGUUUAUCGCUGUGACCACGUAUAUGGUCAUAUUUGGGAUUUUACUCUUCUCCUAUGCACAGGCUCUGCAGUUGAUAGCCGGUCAGGUGAUCGCUGCGUUUCGGGCACUUCCCUACGCCAUGUUUAAUCUUUUUGGCGUCAUGCUCGGAGUGUUAAAGUACUCCAAUAUUAUCACAUCAGAGAGCCUUCUUGUCAGCAUAUUCUUCACAGCUUUCACCAUGACCAUGAACUUUAUCAUCCUGAAUAUGUUUAUAUCUAUAAUAAACGAUGGACUAACGGAGGUGAAGGGGAAUGAAGAGCUCCAGGAUUACGAUGAAGAGUUGGCAGAACACGUGUGGUCUAAAAUGGACGCCUGGAUUAAGGCCAUAUUUCAAAGAAAGGACAAGUCUGCUCUUGGGGAACCAACUCAGAACGAAGGAUCAAACUCAGCGAAGUCAUCGGCAAAAGCACCACAAGUGGUCAUCACUUUGGCUGAAGAACCGGUCAAACAGGAAGACCAAGAAAGAAAGAAGGACCCGCUGAUUGUCAAGAGUGAGGAAGGAAGGGCAUUGUUGGUUAAGGCAAACAACCAGAAGCUUUCUGUACAGAAAGGACGAAGAGCAAGGAAACUGGCAACGGCCAAUAGUUUAGCCUGUUUGAUGGAAGAAAAGUUCUUACGGGUAUUUCAUACAUAUAACAAAGAUGAAACUACACGAGAAAAAUGGAAGAGAACAAUUGAAGAAAUACGGUUGAAAAAUCAUCGCCAAAAGAUUGACAAAAUCGGCGAAAAAUUCGUCGAAUGUCGGAUGCACAUACACAAGUUAUGUAGAGCAAGAACUGCAGACCAUUUUGGAAGAACCAAAUUUGAUUCAAUCGUCUACGCCUCAAACCAAGGGCACAGAAGAGGAUCUGUUAGAAAAAUCUCACAAUGAACUCUUAGUUUCGGAAGAAUUA